GAUGCUCUUGAGCGUAUUUACCUCUGACGUCUACUUUCGCGUGACUUCACGUCCAUGUUGGAAUUGAGGAAGGCGGCAGAUUUGAAGACGCGUCUUGCGGAAUAAAAUACUUUAUCAAAUGGACAACGUAAGACAAAAAGGUGUGUUUGAUCACCUGAUGAUGUUAGAGAGGACUGAAGCUGCAGGACUGCAAAGACGUCUGGAGGAACAUCUGGAGGAACUUCGUACAACAGCAGCAACACUUCGUGCAAAAAGAGACCGAAUCCGUGGGGAAACAUCCGACAUAAAGAAUCUGAAUGAUAAAAUGGACCAGGGGCUGCCGCUAGACGAUGAAGCAACUGAGGCAAAAAUCAAACAAUAUUUGCUGAUGUCCCGUUGUAUGCAACUCAAGGAUCUUCAAACUGCCCAUCGACUCAUUGCUGGAUACAACAUGGUAGAGAGCAAACAAGGCAAAAGUGUGUGUGUGUCAUUUCACACUGCCUUUGAGGGUGUUUGCCUGGAAACCUAUUAUAUGGAGGUGGACCUCACCCGCAAGGUGCAGAUCAAUCGUCAUAACAUCCCCCCAUGUAUCCCACUGGAGAAACUCGCCAAGGAAAAUCUACAGACUGAUUUUAAGGGCUUUCUUCAAACACUCAACCUACACCUCAAUGCUUUAGCUGGACGCAAACAGCAGAUUUCCCUCAUCGAGGAACUCCUUGGGACAGUAGAAAUCAUUGAGAAAAAUCAAUUGUGCAACUUUCUUGCCCUCAUGUGCAACACCCCAGCAGAGAGCGAUGAUGCUGUUCUGUGUACGCUGGAGUAUGGUGAUCUCACCCGAUGUCUCCCAACACAUGUUGUCAUUGACAGCGAAAAUAAAACACUUAUAGAAUCUCCACGGUGGAAGGAUAACCAAGUGUUGCUCAUGGAGACUCCAGUUCACAGUGCUCUUUUGAUCAUGAGAAAACUGGGAAGCAUUUCAUGAACAAAGCAGAAACUGAUUCAAAAGACAUUUAUGUUUACACAGUCCUUUGAUUCCCUUUCACACAGUCUUUAAAUAAAGGAUGUGCCAUUUUUCAA